CUGACAGUCGGGUCGUCGGGGACAUCAUGGACAAGUGUCUAGCGUGGAUCGCGACUUUCCUCUGCCUACUGCUGCUCGUCGAGGCCAUGGCCGAGGCGUCGCCCUACAGCGUCGCCGGUGAGGAGACCGUCCCAAGCGGCACAUCCGCCGAGACGGACCCCUUCGAAUUCUGCCGAGCGCACUUCGGUGCGGACUUCGCUCUGAACCGCGAAGUCCGCCGCGCCACCAAUUCGAUCGAGAAACAGCCUCCCGAGCCAAGAGAUGACCUGGACGAUUACAAUGACAACCUGGCCCGUCUUCUAUUCUUCACACGAAAGAGGAGCUGCAUUCGUCGUGGGGGCAGUUGCGACCACCGCCCGAACGAUUGCUGCUACAACUCAUCGUGCAGAUGUAACCUAUGGGGCACCAACUGCCGGUGCCAGAGGAUGGGCCUGUUCCAGAAAUGGGGCAAGAAGUGAAGAGGCGAUCCUGCAUCCUUCCUCUUGGAAGGCAACAGGCACAAUUGACAACCUUGCGACCACCACACACAGACGGUUUUUUCAGACAUGUAUAAACUGAGAAGAUGCGAACGAGGCAGCCAAAAGAGAAAAAGAAAAGCCAAUCACACCGCUUGAAUGUAUCAAUGGUGUUCAUCGUAGUUCUUCAGCCGUAGUUUCGUAUCGUUCUGUUUACACGCGAAACAGCAGCGUAGCCCCUAGCAAUUUCUAAAGAACGCUGAUUGACAAGCACGUAUGAAAAACUGAUGGAGUGAAUAUUGAUUCUAGAAUAUGAAGCCAGACUGAGUGCUAGGUAGUGAUGGUUAAGAUAUGGCUGAUGUCGGCUGUAUGAUGGCUAGAACCGGCAGACGUUCGUUAAUGUUGACUAACUAGUGGCUAAUUAUAUUCACUGUAGUUCCUGGGCCGUAGUUUCAUAUUGUUGUGUUUGUAUUUGAGACCACAGCGAAGCCAACGGCGAUUUCUAAAAAGUGGUGAACCAUUUUCUUGUUUAACGAGACCACUACCAUUAUUGGUCAGCAUCAUCUACUUUCGUCUAGUGCUGGCUAAAUUAUGGCCGAUGUCAUCUAGUAAGAUAUAAUUCUGACAAUUUUAUCGCUAAUACCAGCUAGCGUCAAAUAAUAUUCACUAUGCGAUGGGUAAUUAUGACUGAUCAUGGCCAUAUGAUUGUUUUAAAGUGCCAAUCGAUGUGGCCUCCAAGAUGCAUGCAUAAGCGUUAGCCUUAUCGCAGUCAUUAUUGGCCAGUCUUGGAUAUUUCUAUGCGGGUAUGUCAGCGAGGGUUUCUCUAUAUAGCCUGGUGCGUUGACCAUUGUACGGUAAACUAUUUGCCAGGGUUGGUCAAAUGACGCGAAGCUUUCGCUAAUGGAUAACGUUGGUAACGUCACCCUGUUUGAACUAUCCGUGGUUAAGACAGCUACAUCGUGUUCAUUUAAUCCACAUCUAAAGAGUGAUUGCGCAUGUACCUACACAGUUUCCUAUACUACGAGACAAGACACCAAACACCCUGGUGUUGUUAUACGUACAGGGAGCCGUGGGCUCUGUUAAACAACGCUUAAGUUCUCUGGCGGCGCGUGGAUUCAAAAUAUGUCAACAUGACAUGAUUCUUACCGAGUCGAAUUGGGUUAAGCUCUGUCGUUUCAGUUUCUAGUCUCUCGGUUUUACGCGCGCACAAGACUUAUUAAAACGCGUCAGUUAUUUCUUGUUUGUUCGUUUUUUCUAGCGUCUAUGAUUGCUGUUCGAGAUUUUUGCAGUUCCUGAUUGCGUCAUGUAGUUUAAAAAACUGUAGCUACGCGCCUAACGUGUGCAAACGAAGUUUGUAUCCCUCGUUGAUAGAUAUAUAUAUAUAUGUCCUCCAACCACGUGAUCUUUGGUAGGACUCUGUAGUGAAAGGACUGUAGUAACGCGAGAGUAUGCUUUCUCAGCUUCUGAGCCAAUGAACAACCGUAUGUGUUGAAAUCCAGGUGCAUCUUAUAGACCCCUGUGAAUCGACGUUGUGUGUGACGCUGUUGUCACUUGACCAAUCGAUGCGUCAGAAGUCGCGCGAGUGUUGUUUAGCGCGCUGGAAUGCAUUUAUUGGUUCUCAAUCGUGAUAUCAUGUAUUUAUUAGGUGUGCUGUGCCGUGGCAGUGUUGUAUUUCGCAAUGAUGCGCAUGCGUAUCGGACGUUAAAAGCUUGCCGGUGGCA